CAUCAUUACACACACAUCUCAUUUUGCAAACCAUCGAAAACAAACCCCUAGAACUAAGAGAGAAAAUGGCUGGUCUAAUGAAGUUGGCAUGCUUGGUCUUGGCUUGCAUGAUUGUGGCCGGUCCAAUCACAGCCAAAGCGGCUCUUAGCUGUGGAACCGUUAGUAGUAGCUUGGCACCGUGCAUUGGCUACUUGACCCAAGGUACGCCCCUUCCCUUAGCGUGCUGCGCCGGCGUUAAAAGACUAAACAGCAUGGCCCGUACAACCCCGGACCGUCAGCAAGCUUGCCGUUGCCUUGUUGGAGCCGCCAACGCCUUAGGUUCCGGUCUCAACACUGGCCGUGCAUCUGGACUUCCUAAGGCAUGUGGUGUCAAUAUUCCAUACGCAAUCAGCAAAAACACUAACUGCGCCAUCGUGCGUUAAAUGAGCGGCGGUCGGAUGAAGCUCUAGCGGAUGUUUCAAAUAUUAUAUGAGACUAUGAGAGAAUACUAAAUAAGAUGUAAUGUCUGUUUUUUUUUUGAGUUUUUAGUUUCCUGUCUUUUUUUCUUUUUUCUUUUAUGGUGGCGUUCCUAUUACUUGGUCGUCUGUACUAUGUUCGCAAUCAACGUUAUAUGAGUUUCAAAGUUCACAUUAUUUUA